CGUCAUCAUCCAGCCUACAUGGCAUAAUACAGGGUUUAAUGCACCAGCGUUUGCCCAGUAACAAGGCGUAUGUAGCUAUGAGCUAACGCUAAGUAGCCGAGAGUCGUAGUGCAUAACGUUACAACUAAAGUAGGAAAAUUGAUGCUUGUAUAAGCUGGUACUUGUUUAAAAACAACAUCAUACUGAGGAAACAACAAUGAGCAGUUUCAGUAGACCCGACAAACACAGGACACAGCAGUUCACGCACCGUGGAACAGCUAAGACAGACUUGGAGCGAGAUUCUGGCUUUUCAGAUGCCAGCUCCGAGUACCUCAGUACAGUGGAGCUGACUGACUCAGAGGAGUCAGGAAGGAAUGGCUCCAAAGUCAGCCAGGAUCCCACAGCUCAGCAGGUGGCGGUGAUGGGCGGCUCAUACACUGGACUUUCUCCAAUGAUAAUCAUGAAUAACUUUGUUUUAAACCAGCCAUCUGCCAUGAGUCCAGCAGAAAACCAGUGGGGUUUUUCUUCACCCAUGGAAGUGAUGCCUCAGUCACAGGUUGUUCUUCUCCAACCAAUGGUAUCAAAUGGCAGCAGCAGCUCCCCAAAAUCUGGCGGUGAAAAUACUAGACAAUCAAGAAGCUACAUGCCUGUCCUCAAGUCAUAUCCUAGAAUUGCACCACAUCCUGGGGAGGUUCUGACUAAAAAAGUGGGAUCGUCCAGAAUGAGGGGGACAUCAACAGCAGGAUAUGAGCAGCGUCAGCGUAAGCACCAUCAUGGCCAAAGGCCGUACAGCUCCCCCAGUCCACAGCCAGCACUGCAGACCCCAAUCAAACAAAACAACAGCUUUGAAGCAGUAAACAGCCAGACACAGGGCGCUGAUAUUCAAGGGCAGCUCUGUGGUGACUCUCUUUCUCCGCUGACUGGGAUCACCUCUCUGCCCCCCUACACACAUGAAUUUUGGACAUCGACAAACAACACAGUCAGUGCUGAGAAAUACCAGGAUACCCCUUCAAUGGACAAUAAACUUAAGCGUUUCAGCAACACCUACAACAUUCUCAACAAGUCUGGCUUACUGGGAAUAACGAUGCGCACAAAGCAGCUGAUCAAGGAGAACAAACGUACCCAAAGCCAGCUGCAGCAGCUCCAGGAGCAAACGGCAAUGCUGCUAAAGGCGCUGAGCAGCGGAGACUCACAGCUGUGGACUAAACUCCAGCUCUCAAUGCAAGACACAGACAAGGAGCAGUGUAAUGUUAAACCACAGACAGUCCUGGUGUAAUAUAUCGGUGGACAUCACCAGCAGUUCUUAGCCUGAGGGGUAAGGUCAAAGAAGCCCUCUGAGGGUCAAUUGUUUUUAACAAUAUAAUCAACACAACUGCUUCAAGGAUUAGUCUAAAACUACUCAAACUAAAAAUGCAGUAAAUUAUGCAUUAUUAUCUGGGCUGUGAUGGCAAUAUACAGGUUAUUAUUGUUAAUAUUAUUAAAGUUUGCCAAGUCAAAAAUGUGAAGAACUGCUGGUGUGAGCUCCGAUAUCACAGCUGAAGCACACCUAUUAUUAUCAAGUGGAAGUUAAGAAGCAUGCUUGUAUUUCAGACCUUUGCCUUUAAUGAAUUUUCCUGCCUCUGCCUUUUCAGAAUGGCAAGUAUCACUUGCAAUAGGGCUAUGGGUCCUUCUAUGCUGAACUGCAUAAACGCAUGCCUUACAGCACAACAGCGGACACUUGGAGUUUAUGACUUACUUUGUAAAGGUCUUGAAUGUGAUUGCUAUUAAAUAAGUUAAAGCAUAAGUAUUUUUUCAUCAAGUAGAAACUUCAUGUGGCAAUAUGUGCCCUUUGUUUAAUUUUCACCUUUACUGAUGUGAAGAGUUCAGAGGGCAGGCUGAGCCUUAACUGUUGUGUUUUUUUGUUGCUGUUUUUUUUGACACUUUUGUACUUAUUUAUGUUUAAUAAUGUUUCUGACCAAGACUAAAGCUGUGUGAAUAACAGCAGGGUUUGCCUGUUAAUUGUUAAAGUAAAUGUCCUUAUUCAACAGAAAAUUUUAAGUUGUGAAAUCUUAAAUUGUAGCAAGGUGUGGGGUUGCUGUAGCCAUAUCAUGUACUGGUCUUGACUUUGAAAAUGUUGCUGACUGUUCAUUCUUGCUGCAGGCUAAAGCUUAAUGUGAUGUAGUGGUGAAAUUCACCAGGCAGAGAAAUCACAGCUAAAUACGUAGCUUUCACCAUAUGAACACUUGCACUUUAGUACAAGAUGACUGAUAAGAAAAACGUCCAUCUUUAAAUAGUCGUUGCUCCUCUGUGUUGUUAAAACACAAUGUUAAUACAAGUGUUUAUCCAGUUGUUUGUGCCUUUCUGAAGUGUUCAUAUACUUCAUAUCAGUGCUUGUUUAAAUUCAUACAUUUCUUUUUUUUUGCUUCAUGUAGAAGAAAGCUGAAUGUAUGUAAAGGUCUCCAAAGAAUUAGUUCCCAUGUAAAAUUAUCAAACAAUCCAUAGCCUUGACUAAAUAAUAUGCGGAGUGGUUGUAGAAUGGCAAGGCAACAAUUAAUCACAUAAAAGGUUCAGUUUUAUAUAUAAAGUCUAUGGUACCAUUGUAUUAUUUAUUUUAGCUACAAUGUACUACUGUUACAUGAGCUUACACUCAAGAAUAGUUGUAAAACUAAGGAAUAAUGACAUUAUGCUUGGUUUUAAUAGAUCAGAGAAUACAUUAAUAAAAAUAUUUAAAUGAUUGCAUUAAAUGUUUGCCUUUUUUCUGUAAUUGUGUAGUAUGUUCUCUGUUUUCUUAACAUAAGUCAGCUUAUCAUAUAAUUGCUUGGUAUAAAACUUUGCUUGAAGAC